GGCACGGGAAGAACGACAGUUGGAGGAAUUGCAGAAAGAGGUCUAUAGAUGUUCCACAUGUAGCUAUCAAACAACAUAUAAGUCCAAUUUUAACAGCCACAAGAAAACUCACUUGGCACCUGAAGAACGACAGAUGUUUGCUUGUCUGCAUUGCGACAAAACAUAUACAAGAAAAGGACGCUUACAAUGCCACCUUCGGAAUAAUCAUAUUGAUUUGAGAAAUCCUGAUUGUACAUCUGUAACUGAUGAAGUGAUGUUAGAUACUUUAAAAAUUGAAAUUGAAGAUUCGGCUCCACUUACGGAUGAGUUUCGAAAUAAUGAAUGUCUUUUUGCAACUAAUGAAAUAAAAUCAGAAGAUCUUUUAAAAUUAAAACCUGAUGAUGUCGCUCCGAUUCAGCAUAAAGAUUUGCAAGAUGACUUUAAAAAUGGCGAAAAUUUAUCUGUCGCUAAGAGGGUGAAGUUGGAAGAUUUUAUAAAAAUGGAACCUGACGAUAACUCCCCGUUUCUAGAUGAAGACGCGUUUUUCAAGGAAGAAGAAAACAUUCAUAAUCUUCAAAUUUUUUAAAAAUUUGAAGAUUUUUGAAGUUGUCAGAUUGAACAAAUGUAAAACAGAAUGGUCGUUUUUUGCGGUAAAAAUAAAUAUUCCUGUGUAUAAAAGAAAAAAAAAUAUAUUAUUUAUUCGGCUGAAACAAA